GGUUCAAGCCGUUCUCGACAGUUUGAUACUCCAUCCCAUUCCUUGCACUAGCGGCAUGUCACGCCGACUCGCAACUCAGCUGUCCAGAGCAGUACAGGGCAACAAGAGUCUCCGAAGCCCAAAUGCAGCCUUCGUCCGUACUUUUCAUGCCAGUCAAAGCUCUCUAGCGGAUAAACCCAAGCCUGAAGCGCCAGUCGAGAAUGAACAGACCGGGGGCACCGGCUUCCUAGGAGCUCUGAUGUACGGGUCCAAGACUGCCAAAGCCGAGGGGCUCGUGGCCAACUCUGCGACCCAACAUUCCAAGCUCAUCGGACGGAACAAGUACGUUCAUCAGAUGGUCACGGAUCUCGUGAUACCUUCACACCGGGACGAGUACGUUGCAGCGGCGGACAAGUACUAUCGAGCCAUUAUGAAUCGUGGAGACGAGCUUGGAGGGAUGCGAUUGACGGGGAGCUGGGAAGCUAUCGUCGGGAGCGUCGGAACAUUCAACCAUAUCAUCGAGUUUGACGGCUACAAAGCAUUCGAUACGACUAUCAGGACCUUAAGAGAGGACAAGGAUAUGGCGAAACUACAAAAGGACAUACUUCCACAUAUCGUCUCGCGGGAGCAUCAGAUGAUGUCUGAGUUCAGCUUCUGGCCUUCGUCACCUCCUCGAGAUUCCGGAUACCCUGGAGGAGGCAUAUUCGAGAUGAGAAGCUACCAGUUGGUUCCUGGAAAGCUCUUGGAAUGGGAAGGAGCGUGGAGAAGAGGGCUAGAAGCUAGACGUAGAUUCGUCCAACCUGUCGGAGCGUUCUUUUCCCAAGUGGGACAAUUACACGAAGUACAUCAUCUUUGGCAAUACCCUGACAUGGAAACCCGAAAAUCCACGAGAGAAAAGGCUUGGAGCGUCGGCGGGUGGAGUGAUACCGUUCGAGAGACUGUCCGCUUGACAAAGAGCAUGAAGUCUACCAUCUUGCUACCGUGUGACUGGAGUCCACUGAGAUAGUCAAUACGAGAGCAAGGCUGAUACUGUACAAUACCAUCUGUGGUGGAAGGGUCGCCGCAUGAGGCCCGGGCAGACCUCUGGGCAUGGGUAUGGAAUGCAUAAAGCUUUAUCUGGU